UCUCUGUUGUCACCACCACCACCCCGAGAACAAUCUACAAGGCCUAGACCAGUACAAUGGCGAAGAACUACUUGCAGCUGAAUUCGACAAAGAAGUAUUUUUGGAAGAAGUCCGCAAGUACAGAUGUUUGUGGGAUAUUGCUUCCGAAGGAUACAAAAUUAGGCCCAUGAAGCAAAACGCAUGGUCAAAAUUGGGCCAGUUAUUCAACAAGGACGUGGAAUUUCUUCAGAGGCAUCUAAAAAAUCUAAAAGACAACCUGAAAAAAUGUUUGGACAAGAGGAACCGGAUGACUAGGUCUGGUGCUGCUGCAAGUUCAUUGCCUAAAUGCAAGUACUUUGAACAAAUGAGAUUUCUGCAUGAAAAAACAGCAAACAGGCCCACAGAGAGCAACAUUAUUCAAGCUGAAACAGCUUUGCAGUCUGAAGAUGUUUUGGACGGCCCAUUAGCCUCUCAGAUAUCAGUAAGGCCAGUUGUUCUGAGUGGUACAAAAAGGAAGGCAAGUGACACACCAUCCUCUUGUGGUAGUCAAGGGUAUAAGAAUCGUCAAGAAAGAUUUGUUAAUGCAAUCCUGAAAGAAUUGGAAUCCACAAAUAAUGCAAUCAAGUCAGUUGUCACUACUGAUAAUGAGGAUGAAGUUUCUCUGUAUUGCAAAAGCAUCAUUCCAAUAAUAUCAUCUUUUUCAGUUAAAAAGAAACGAUUAGCUAUGUUCAAAGUCAGCCAACUGUUGUUUGAACUUGAGUUUGAACAUGAAUAAUAUUAUGUAAGGUUAACUUAUUAUGGUUAUGUACCAUUUAUAUUUUGAUGUCUAUACACAUUUGUAGUUCUGCUCUUACUUGCUUCAUUCUUUCAUUGUCUGUCCUGAAACCACUCAUAUGGAUUUGCAGUUCGACUAACCAAUUCAUUUUGCCAUUCAACUGCGCCCUCGUUGGUAAAGUAGUUUUUAUAUCCAUGUCUUACAGAAGCUGCAUCUUUAGAGUAGUUAUUUGAACCACUUUGAGAAAUUGGUCGAAGGCUACCAAAAUCAGCUCUGUUUUGUCUCCAUUCACAAGUCUCAAACCCUGAUGGUCCAUCAUGGUCAACAAAGUUUCUUGGGCAAUAUCGAUUGUUUGUCGAUGAAUUUUUAAACAUCAGUAGAUUGUGCAGUGCAACAAUAGCUUUUGUGAUAAGUAUUACUUUGCUUAUAUUGGCAAUGAUUGGUCUUCUCAAUACUCGAAAUCUACUGGCAGCAAUCCCGAAAGUGUUUUCAAUCACCCUCCUUGCCAUUGAUAACCGAUAAUUAAAGACACGUUAAUCAAGUGGCAAAUUAUGUGAUGGGAAGGGCUUCAUCAUAUGUGUUUUGAGUCCAAAUGCAUCGUCCGCAACAAAUACAAAUGGAAGUCGUUUUUCUGAGUUGGACAGCUUUGCAGGUCCAGGGAUUUGCAAUAGAUUAUUUUCAAUAGCAUAACCUAAAUUACUACAACUAUACACACUUCCAUCACUCUGGCGACCACUAUCUCCUAUAUCCACCAGAGUGAACUUAUAUCUUGCAUCGCAAAUUGCCAAAAGGGCAAUGCUAAAAGUUUUUUUGUAAUUAAAAAAGGAAGAUCCUGAUCUUGCUGGUGCUUGCAUGACCACAUGUUUCCCAUCAAGGGCUCCCAAGCAAUUCGGAAAAUUCCAAAAUCUUGAAAAUUCUUCGGCUAUAGAUUUCCAUUCCAGUUCUGUUGAUGGGUUUUCGAUGAAGCCUUUUGCGCUGAGUACUUUCCAUACAACUUCACAAGUCUCACCGAUUAUUCUCCCAACAACUGUGGGACUCAUACGGAAGCUUGCUGAUAUCGUUACUUGGGCAUCACCCGUCACCAGGUAUCUUAAACAAACAGACAAUCUUUCACUUGGUUGGAUAGCUUUCCUCAUUUUCGUAUCGUUUUUCUGAAGAGAAACGGGCCAAACCAAUUCAGGAGCUCUUCAAACAGUGUAGGUGUCAUUCUAAAACACCUGAAAAAAUAUUCAGCAUCGUGUAGUCUCAGUUCUUUGAUCAAAAGAUGAUACUCGCCCUUCUGCUCCCGUUCUUCAUAGAUCUUCCUUAUCCAAAACCUUUUCUUGUACUUUUGCAACCUUCUCUCACGUCUUCUUAGCAGCAAAAUUUUGAUCAAUAAUCGAGCUUUCAGUAGCAGUAGAUACCUGAGAUUAACAGCGGCCAUCUUUGAAAAGCUUUUCGCACCAAAAAACCAAAACUCGCUGGAGUUUCUGUGGAAAACAAAAACGCGUUCGAUCGAUUUUUUUCGCCGCGAAAAAUUCGCUUCGCGCGAAUAAAUUCGUAUAGUGGAAAACGGCCUUUACACGAGAUGAAUUUUUUCAUGCGAAGCGAAUUUUUCGCCGCGAUUGCGCGUAAAAUAUGCGCAGAAGUGGAGAUUGGAAAACUCGCAGCGAAUUCGCUGCGAAAAAGUAGAAACCAUUCCUACUUUUUCGCUGCGAAUUUUUUCGCCUUGUAAAAUAAACCAAUCAGAACAGCAAUUGAAGACAUCUGACACAAACGCAAAGGAAGGGCUAGGCCGAAUGGUGCUACGCAAUGUAAACAUAUAUAAAUCAAAAGUAUGCAAAACGACAGAAAACUACGCAAUGGUUCAAACAACAACAUGGUUGAAAAAUGAGUAACCUAUGACUAAGCCUAAACAAUGCUGGGAAAAUCCCGCACCUGUAACAUAAACAAUGGAACGGGACGUUUCUAGCAACAGGCGUCUUUGGUGCAAUAAACGAUAAAAGCUCCUCAUAUGUAGUUGGCGACAUUCGAAAGUAUUUAUUCCUGACAAUCUAAGCGUAAGUCACUUACCAAAAGAUGAAACUCCCCCUUCUGUAGACGUUCUGAAUAAACUUUUCGAACCAAGUACCCCUUUCUUAGCUUUUUUGCUCGCUUUUUUUAAUAACAAUAAUCUUCGAACAGACACCAUUUUCUUUUGCAUUAUUCGCGGCGAAUUCGCGAAAGAAAUUCUGCCAGCGGAAAUUAAACUUCGAAUUCGCAGCGAAUUCGCAGGCGAAAAAUUCGUGGCGAAAAAUUCGCUUCGCGCGAAAAAUUCGUCUCGUGUAAAUCAGGCUUAAUGUAUUGCUCACGAUAUUGAUUUUAUGACGACAUUAAGAUAAACAUUUUCUAAGGGAUUUUACCGUGAUUGCCGACCAUGGGUGUACUGUAAAGUUUCCCCCAGAAUGAUUUUUGCGGUCAAAUCCCUUACAGGUUUGCAAACUUCAUUUCUCUGUAAAACCUAAAAUACAAGCACAAACAAUAUGAAGGAUUGUAUCCAACCUAAAAUUAUGGCGAUAAAACCAAAUCUUAGCUUAAAAAGCCAUGAAAUGAAGUUUGGAGAAAUUUCCAAAACCAGACCGUAAGUCUAAUUAGAGUAUGGAAUGAUCAAAAUAAAAAAAAAUAGCUUCGAAAAUAAAUAUGAGACGUAAGAUAUAUAAAAGAAAUCAUGCUGGAAUGAUCAAGUUCUGUCAGGGCCUUCGAAAUUUCUUUGCAACAAAAUCUUUUGAUAUGGGAGUUCAAUUUGCACUGUUUCUGAUCUGUAGCACAUUAGGCUCAACAUUCAGAAUAUCGUCGUUAUAAAAUUUCGUCGUGGAUUAAAGAACAGCAGAGAUAACAAAAUACUAUCAGUAUUCUUAGAGGCAAAAUAACCAGGUCCUUGGAAACUUGAGCCCCACUGGGAAUUUGGCUUAACCUUGCUGACAGCAUUUUUAUACAGAACAGCAUUUUAGAGGAAUCAAAACAAAAGUGAGAUGUUUCCCAAGUUUAUAUGAAGGCAAAUCAAGUCAAGUUGCGUCCAGCUCUCAAUAUCAACGCAGUGAUUAUGCCGAUAUUCUAAAAUUACCGAACUGAAAUAUUCUCAAGAAAAACCGUUACAAGAUUAUCACAAAUUAACCAAUCAAAAUGCAAGAUCUUAUAAAAAUGGGUGUAGUGCGUUUACUCCUUACAAAUGUGACAAUAGAUGUGCGUCGAAAGAUUAAAAGGGAAAAACUUCAAUUAGUCUAGUGCGAAUACAUCUCUUAGCAGCUUAAUGAAUAAUAAACCAAAACAUGACAUCAAAAUAAUGUGCGCCUACGAAGUUCCCUGACAGUUGUUCCAUCAAAAAGUCUUCCUGUUGAGAUUAAUGGGUUGUUCCGCGGUCAUUCCCUGGUCGUUCCGCUAGUUAUCGCCUCAUUCCUUAGUCGUUCCGCUCGUUCCGCGGUCAUUCUUUAGUGGUUCCGCUAGUUCCGCGCACGUUCCGCUAGUUCCUCGUUUUAGCAACGUCGUGCUAUUUCACCUACUGAUAGAUGAUUUUACCGAUAAACUAAGGAUUUCGUAGACAAACUGAAGAUUUACCGAUAAAUUCUUGGGGGGUGAUAAGUAUUGGGGGGUGUUACAUCCCCCACACCCCCCGCUACCAACGCACCUGAGUAUAGGGAUCCUGUGCUGCAGCA